UGCUGAAACACACACUGUGGAAAGUCCUUCAGCACCAGCUACAUGGUAGAGGGCAUAUUUUCACUUGGAGAGUCCUUAUAACUUUUUGAUCACAAAAAUGAGGGGAAUAAACUAUGUAAACCCUCAACAUUUUUAAUGGUGCUUCUUGGUGGAGUUUUUACCCCUUCAUCUCAACAACUACUUCUUGGGAUAUCGUUUUAAGUGGUCGAGCGAAAAAAUGGAUGCCCCACGAAUGCACCUGAAAAAGCUGAAGAAGAGGCGCUCGAGCCUGUUCGCCAGCGUGAAACUCAACACGAGCUUCUCUUUGAGUGGGGAGGAGGAAGUAAGUGCCUUUCCUUUCUCUCAGGACAGCUCUGUCAAAGCAUGGACGUCUAUGGAUAAUUUGGACAGUCCCGCAACAAAACCAGAGAAACAGAAGACCAAAGACUUAGAGAAGAAACCGGCUGAAAAAGCUCCAAAGCAACCUGUCAGACAAACAUACACAAUCAAUGUCAAUGUUGGGGGAAAGGUCUUUCACAUUCCUAAGCAUCUUGCUGUGCGAUACCCCAAAACCAGAAUUGGUGCCUUAGCUUUGUGUACAGACCCAGUGAAGCAGUUAACUUUUUGUGAUGAUUACUCUGUCGCCAGGAAUGAGUUCUUUUUCGACCGGGACCCCACUUUUUUCCAUUACAUUUUCCACUUCUACUGCAGCAAUAUGCUGUGGAUUAUGGAGAGUUUAUGUCCCAUUAACUUUGAGGAAGAGAUGGAGUUUUGGGGCUUGCGCUUGAAAGACACCCCGCGCUGCUGCCGCAUCCUGUAUGAAGAAAAAGUGGAUGACAUCCGUGAACAGUUAAAAGUCAACAAAGAGCUAAUGGCAGAGAUCCAAGCGCCCCAUCACGAGGAGAACUUUGACGACAUGUGCUGUGGUUUCAUCAGAAAAUUACUCUGGGACCUGAUGGAGAACCCCUACUCCUCUUUGUCAGCCAAAUCCUUUGCUGUGUUCUCAAGUCUCUUUGUUAUCACCUCUAUUGGAGCGAUGACCCUCAACACUGUUGGUGAACUCAAAAAGUACAAAGUCUAUGGCAGGACCUAUAUGGAGCAUGUGGAGGUCCUGUCCAUUCUCUUCUUCACUUUUGAGUACUUCCUUCGCCUGCUUACCACCCCUAACAUCAAACAGUUUGUAAAGAGUGCCCUUAACUUUGUGGACCUUGUGGCAGUCAUGCCUUACUUCCUUCAGCUGGUGUUCGAGACUUUUACAGAUGCCGAGGACCUCAGCCGCCAGGAUGACCUCAAAACCAUGGCCAGAGUCAGCAAGGUCAGCAAGGUGCUGAAGGUGGUCAAGCUCAUGCGCAUCUUCCGCAUCCUCAAACUGGCAAGGCACUCCACAGGAAUGCGGGCGUUUGGGUUCACCAUCAAACAGUGUUUUGAGCAGUGCUGCUGCCUCUUCCUGUUUAUCGCCAUGGGCAUUUUCACGUUCUCCGCCCUGAUGCACUCUGUGGAGACUGAUGUGGCAGGGACUCCUUUCAGCAGUAUACCCGAUGCAUGGUGGUGGGCUGCGGUCAGUAUAUCCACUGUGGGGUAUGGAGAUGUGGUCCCCAUCUCCUAUUUGGGGCGGAUAGUGGCAUUUGGCUGCAUCUCCUUUGGCAUCAUACUGAAUGGUAUGCCCAUCUCCAUUCUCUUCAACAAGUUCUCAGACUACUAUGCCAAGCUGAAAGCGCAAGAGUGCACCUACGUCAAUGUGCAGCGCGGCCUGCAGCUGAAGGCUCGCCUACGUCGCCGGUUUCACAACUGCUGUGAGCCUGACGAAUCAGACGAUGAUGCCACACGCAGUGCUCGAAACCAUCAGCACUGAGGAGCCAUCAUCAUCGUCAUCAUCUUCAUCGUCAUCUUAACCUUCAUACUUCCCCAUGCCUUUACCAACUUUUAUGGACUCCUUGCAGGUCCCUCAGGGACGCUAUGUUCUGAUAGGGUAGCUCCAAUUUGUUCUCCACCAGGAUGGGGGAAGGCCCAGCAAGCCAGAAGCUUUGGCUCAAAAAUAACUUGCGGCAGAUUAUCCCUCCUUAAGUUGGGAACUGCCCUGUGAAGACUGCCUCUAAAUAUAGAUUCUGUGGACUUCUACAAAGCAGUGUGGCUGUGAUGCCCAGGAAGCAUAGUUUGAAUUAUGGGGGGUUUUGGGGGUGUCUGAUUAGAACCUGGAGAUAAAAACAGCAGUCUGGGGGGAUUGCACUAUUCAAUAUAUUCUUAUGUCAUGUAAAUUACAUUUCGGUCCCUCCCAAACUGUGUUAAAAGGGUGUGUUUAGCAGCCAGAAUGUCAAAAUGUCUGCUAAUAUGCACAUGUAUUGUAUGAAUUUUGUCAGUAAAAAUGCCUACUGUAGGCUACUUUUUCUUAACAACCAUGCUUACCUGAGUGUGUGUUUAUGCAGCCUACCUUACUAGACUCGUGGUGUCUGCUACAUUUAAUACACAAGUGUAUUACACUAUUGAUAUUUGAGUUGGAAAGAAAAAACUGCCUUUUAAUACGGGGUCCCCCGAUUGUCGUAGUGUAAUUUGAACUCUGCCAGGACGUACCAGAUUCAAUGGAUAAUAUGUGAAUUUGAUGACAUAUGGGACUGUAUUUCAUUAUGUGCAUUUAAAGAAUCAAUCAUAUGAUUAUUGAUUUAAUUGAAACAAAUUGUUUAAAAAUCAAUGUCCUGUUCUCAGAGCACAUUGGGUGUAAAGUUACUGUCAAUUAUAACUGAGGAAGUAACAGGGAAUGCUGUUAUUCUGACAAUUUGAUAAAAACUAAAACCCGAAAAGUCAAAAUAUCCAUGUUAAUGUCUUCCAGUUGGCUUAUUUGCACAAAAACAGUCGGACAAA